UGUGUGCAUUUCGAAGGCUGGCCUUUCUUUCAACAAAACACCGUGGCUUCCUGAAUGUUUCAACAAAACACAGAUCAUGUAUAUUUACAAGGCAUUCUUCAGGGUGGAAUUAUUUACCGCAAUCGCCACCAGAAGAAUUAGGAGAAGCUACGAAAAUGAAUUUAUUUCAGGCUGUCACUAACGCACUGGACAUAUCCCUUGCAGCUGAUCCAACUACAAUAAUAUUUGGGGAAGAUGUUGCAUUUGGUGGAGUGUUUCGUUGCACUGUCGGUCUUGCUGAAAAAUACGGGAAGGAAAGAGUGUUUAAUACUCCAUUAUGUGAGCAAGGUAUUGUUGGUUUUGGUAUUGGUGCUGCUUCAGCUGGUGCUACAGCUGUGGCUGAAAUACAGUUUGCUGAUUAUAUCUUUCCAGCGUUUGACCAGAUUAUCAAUGAAGCUGCUAAAUUCCGAUACCGUUCUGGUAAUAUCUUUGACUGUGGUAAGCUAACUAUAAGAGCUCCUUGGGGUGCAGUAGGACACGGUGCAUUAUAUCACUCACAGAGUCCAGAAGCAUUCUUUGCUCACAUUCCAGGCAUUAAGGUGGUCAUCCCAAGAGGUCCAAUCCAAGCCAAAGGUCUGCUACUCUCCUGCAUACGUGAUCAAAAUCCAUGCAUCUUUUUUGAACCGAAAAUCUUGUACAGAUCAGCUCUUGAACAAGUACCCAUCAAAGAUUACACCCUUCCUCUUUCCGAAGCAGAGGUCUUAGUGGAAGGAAAUGAUGUAACAUUAGUUGCCUGGGGAACACAGGUGCACGUUCUGAGGGAGGUUGUGAACCUAGCGCAGGAGAAACUUGGUGUUUCCUGUGAAUUGAUUGAUUUACAGACUAUACUUCCUUGGGAUAUUGAUACAGUGGCAAAGUCUGUAACGAAGACCGGACGAUUAUUAGUAGCACAUGAGGCACCACUGACUAGUGGGUUUGCUGCAGAGAUUGCAUCUACAAUACAGACUGAAUGUUUUCUGAACUUGGAAGCUCCUAUUCAAAGAGUGUGUGGAUGGGACACACCGUUCCCUCACAUAUUUGAGCCAUUUUACCUACCUGAUAAAUGGAGGUGUCUGGAUGCCAUCAAGAAAAUGAUCAACUACUGAACAGUAUGUGGUGUGAGGGACACACAAAAUAUAAUCUGUGUUUCACUAACAAAUGGAUGGACUUUUUGGGAAUUUGUUUUGCGUGAGAAGCUGAACUCUUGAUAUCACUGUGAAAAGGAUUAAUUUGCGCAUGGUCAUGUAAAAUUUAUUUUGUGUUAUGCGUGAGAUAUUCAUAAAACUUAUUCCGGAUGGAUUUAUUGCUGGAACAACAACUGAAGUACAACUGGCAGCUGGAAAUGGUACAACUGAAAAAUAAAAAUAAAAUGUCACUGUUUCUAAAUUGAAGGGCUAGAGAUGGUUUCAUAUAAAAUUGUUAUUGGGGUGUAUGCCAUUAUUAUUCAAAUUUAACCCAAGUUAUUUGUUACACAUUAAUUUGUGACAUCAAUCAGGUUUUGAAAUUAGAUUGCGUUAUGUAAUAUAACUUUAUUUAUUAUUAUUUUUUUCUCAUUUAUAACACUUCAAUAUCCCUGUCGUUUGGCCGAAUUUUGAUUGCAAAUGACAACAUCUACGUGCACGAUGGGCGUCAGUUGGAAAUUAAAAUUACAUUAUAACCACAGGGAGCCCAAGAAGUAUAAUCAAUUGUACGCAUUCUCUAUGAGCGGGCGGGGCAGGGGGGGCUGGCUAUCGGCUGGUAUCUAGCGUAAGAAAUAGACAAGGGAUGAAGGCUCCAGCAAGCUCAUAUUUUUUAAACUGGGAAAAACAGAAGAACAGAAUGAAAAAUAAAAUCUAUAAAAAAUACCAGGUUGAAGAAUAUUUGUUGCCUAUAUCUGCAGAAUAAAUCAAGAAAACUCCACUUAUUUCUAUUUCUUACACUAGCCACCAGCCGUUACCUCCCCCCCCCCUCCUCCCUCUCAUAUGGAAGUGCGUACAGUUGAUUAUAGUUCCUGGGCUCCCUGUGUUAUAACUGCAGAAAAAUUAAUUUCAGUAAAAGUCAUUUACAUUUUAUAUACACAUGAGCCUAUAGUAUUCUUUGACAUGUGAACAAAUUCACAGAAAUUCAGUGUUCUGCUGAAAGUUCAACUAAAUAUAUACUAUACAUGAACUUGCACAAACCAAUGAGGCAUAAAUAAUACUAUGGGCUCAUAUAAAUGAUGAAAUGCAUUUAUUUUACCAGCAACAGCAAAUUUUACAAAAUUAUUAGUAUUUUAGACAUUUUGUAUACUGUAGAAUACUUUUUUUCGCUUGGAAUUUAUUUUCGCUAUUUUCUGGCACUGAAGGGAUGAUUCCGUGAAAAUAAAAUCUAGUGAAUAUACUUUUUUUUCCUAUAUUUCACAUUAAACUCAUCAAAAACCAGUAAAAAUAAAUUCCAUACAAAACAACCAAAAAUUAGUUCCAGCAAAAAUAAAGUAUUUCACAGUAUUUUACUGAAUAUAAGGAUCGACCCUGCCACUUGUUGCAACAAGAAAAAUGUUUAUUAUUCAAAGAUAAACAAUUGGAACAAUGUAUUGUGAAGAUCAAAAUAUUGAUACUGUUCUUUUUUGUCCACUGCACUAUAAAACCCAGCAUGCAUGUACAAGAUGAUACUAAUCCCCUUGUUGUAAGUUUGUAGUGGUAGCGCCCUCUAUCGGUAUUAUGCAGAAAAACUUCAUCAGUUUGGUGACCUAUGUUAUGUACAAUUAUUCAGUAUGUCUAAUCUCUACCAUGAAAAAUCAAAAUGCAACUAUUUUUAUCAGUUCUAUGCAGUAUUUGUUAAAAAAUACUGCUGUUAUUUCUAUCCAACUGUAAACCCCACUCCACAACACAUUCUCCUUCCUUCCUCCAUGCUCCCUUUGUAUGGUAAAGUCAACUUUCGUCACCGAUUAUAAAAUAACUUUUUUUUUUCCCAUAUUUGUUCACAAAUUUUAAUCAAAAUUUGGAGUCAAAGUGAAAUUUUAUCCAUAAAAAUUAUUAUAGAAACAUUCAUAAAAAUAUGAAAAAUAUUUUACCGAUAUUUUGGCAUGAAAUAUAACUUUGAAAAGAAAAACCCUAGGGUUUGAAUUUUUGAGAAGUGAAUACAAAAUAUUUAAUACAAGACAAUAUUAUGUUUAUUUGUGUUCUACUAGUAUAGUAGAUGGUGUAUUAUAAAAUAGUUGCAAAAUUCAAAAACAUUUCCAAAUAUUGACUUCUAAAAUUCAUAGUUUUGUUACAUUUCCCUUCACCAUUUACUGUUGAGCAUCAUAGUAUAUACCUC